AUGCCAAAGAAUAAGGGAAAGGGAGGCAAAAACAGGAGAAGAGGAAAGAAUGAGAACGAUUUCAUGAAAAGGGAACUUGACACGAAGGAUGUUGGACAAGAAUAUGGUCAAGUAUCAAAAAUGCUUGGUAACGGUCGCGUGUUGGCCUUCUGUUUCGAUGGUAAACAAAGGGUGUGCCACAUUCGAGGAAAACUGAGAAAGAAGGUGUGGAUUAACACCGGUGACAUUAUUCUUGUCGGACUGCGGGACUAUCAGGAUGAUAAGGGCGAUGUUAUUCUCAAGUACACACCAGAUGAGGCCCGGCGUCUAAAAGAGAAGAAUGAGCUACCCGAACAUGCCAAGAUUAACGAGAAUGAUGAACAAGAGGAGGGAGAGAUUGAAUUCAGAGAUCUUGGGGCAGAAUCUGGAGAUGAUGAAGGAGAGGAGGAAGGUAACAACAU